CCCUCCCGCGGGCCACGCCCCUCACACAUUGAAUGGGCACCGGCCCGGCCCGGGCGGGCGCAUUGCCGCGGCCCCGGCCAUGGGCAGCUUCCAGCUGGAAGACUUUGCGGCCGGCUGGAUCGGAGGUGCAGCCAGUGUCAUAGUCGGCUACCCUCUGGACACGGUCAAGACUCGCCUGCAGGCCGGCGUGGGCUAUGGGAACACCCUCAGCUGCAUCCGCACGGUGUACAAGAAGGAGAGUGUGUUCGGCUUCUUCAAGGGCAUGUCCUUCCCCCUGGCCAGCAUCGCCGUGUACAACUCGGUGGUGUUUGGGGUCUUCAGUAACACGCAGAGGUUCCUCAGCCAGCACCACAGCAGGGAGCCUGAGGCCGGCCCGCCCCACACCCUGUCAGACCUGCUCCUGGCCAGCAUGGUGGCCGGCGUGGUGUCCGUCGGACUGGGCACGCCCGUGGACCUCAUCAAGAUCCGCCUGCAGAUGCAAACACAGCCAUUUCGGGAAACCAGCCUCAGUUUGAAGCCCAGGGCAGUGGCUCUCGGGGAGCAGCCAGCCUACCAGGGGCCUGUGCAUUGCAUUGCAACCAUCGUGCGGACUGAGGGCCUGGCGGGGCUAUACCGGGGUGCCGGUGCCAUGAUGCUGAGGGAUGUCCCAGGCUAUUGCCUCUACUUUAUCCCCUAUGUGUUCCUGACCGACUGGAUCACACCUGAGGCCUGUGCAGACCCCAGCCCCUAUGCUGUGUGGCUGGCAGGUGGCGUGGCAGGAGCAAUUUCCUGGGGGACAGCGACUCCUAUGGAUGUUGUGAAAAGUCGACUCCAGGCUGAUGGGGUCUAUUUAAACAAAUACAAAGGUGUCCUGGACUGUAUCUCCCAGAGUUACCAGAAGGAAGGUCUUAAAGGCCAGGGCUGGUGUCAUGGACCAGGGCCUCAUUCCCUGCAGGGCGAGGCCUCUCCCCAACCUGCUCACCUCCGAACCCCUUCUUUCCGAUUGCAAGGACUCUGCUCCUCCCCUCCCAGCUGGACCAUUGAUAGAUCGCCACCUAUUUUUCAUCUGCACUGGCACCUGGCAAAAAGUGGGCCGAAAUAGACCUGCUUCCCACGACUGCUGUAAACUCACUGGGAAUUCACAGAGGAGCUGGAGUUGUCUCUAAGUUUCCAAAUAAAAACAAUGAAAACUUC